AUAGAUUUAAGAUCACUGUAAAAGUAAUUUAUUCUUCGUCAGAGUGACGUCUAUUUCGAAGUAGUCUUCCGACGGCGAAAUUGAAAACAGUUUCAAUUUGGAGAGAGAGCUAGAGAGAGAGACGUUAACGUCACGAUUGAAUUAGGGUUUAAUUCGAUGCCGCACGUGGAUACUUUUUUUUUAUCGCGCGGACCAUGACCUUUUAUGCCCCGGACUUUCGUCGGGGGUUAAAAGUUCAUGCAUACCAGACGUUGGUAUUAUUCUUAUUAUUAUUACGUCAUGCGCGUUCACUCGGACGAAAUCUAAGCGCGACUAUUAUCGUAAGCGCCUUAGAGUUGCGUGACCGUCGUGUAGGUACGCUUGUGCAGCUGCACAUCACGAUCGACACGCAAAACGUCAAGCCAGCCAGCGUAUGUCAGCGUGUCACAGCUGUGCAUCUUGAAUUUCACAGAAGAGUAACAUAAUAUCGAACAAUCAAUGUCAACGAACCGAACCGUGUCCCGUUCGCCGAGAGAUCGCGAAGUGCCAAAGUGCGCUCUCGCGUCUCCGGUUUCGCGCGACGUGAAAGAUAAACCCGCGCGGUCUCCUCAGACAGACGGCUAACGAUAACGAAGGAGGCAUUGACGUCAAAACACUUUAUCGCUGUCGUUCACGAGGGUUUCGGUGAAAAUGCCGUAGAAAGCCAAGGAGAAAGCGGGACGCGACGAGUAGCCGUGCGGGUGUAAAAAUAAAACACCGGUCUCUGGGCGGACAUUAUAUCACAAUUAGCUCGCGUAGGUCUGAAAAUAAUUGGCUGCGAUCUUGCCUACGAUCGUAGUAGAUGAAGCUACUCUCGCGACGUACGUCUCUGUUUCAUGUCGAAGUUCCUUUAAUCUCGCGCAACGUUAGUCGUAGGACGAAUUUCCGCUCGUUCCUAGAGAAGAAGUCGGGAUCUUGAGGGGAAAUCCGCGCACUUUGACGUCGAUCGAAGUGGUGUGCUCGCGGUCAAUUUAUAAAUACGUGUCGCGAGAAUGUGGAGCGCGCGGACUACACGUUUGACGUAACACGCUGGCGAGGACGGAAAGAGAGAGAGAGAGACAGAGAGAGAGAGAGAGAGAAGUAUCCGGUGCAAGCGCAUCGUAAACUCGUCAACGGUAUGCGUCGUGCGAUCGAAGCGGAAGCGGGCGGAUGUCGAGCCCUUUUUUUUCAUUUUCGUUUCUCUCCCAAGUGUCUUUUCGCUUCGUUUAGUGAAAUUUGUUCUCGUACUAGAGAUUCUUCCCGAACUGCUCGAUAUGUUACGACGAUACGAAUGUAACGAGUCUGUGCCGCUCUUAAAGAUUUCUUGAACUUGAUCAGGAAGAGGGUGCUGGGAAAGCUUACGCGCCGAAAGGAGAUUCCGAAAGUUUAAAUCAGAUUCAAAUCGUCGAGAUGUUUACUCGCGGAAUGGUGAUUGCUAUCGGAAACGGAUUUUCGCGCGAAGACGGAAAAGGAAGGAAUCGAGACUCUCCUUCUACUGUUGUCACUCGACAUAUAACUUUUUUCUCAAAAUUGUUCGCGCGAAUUAAAUAAAGAAGAUUCUUCGGCACCUCGACCGAACGGCAAAAAAGGUCGUCUCCGCUUGACGACACCUGAAAAAAAAGUUCUUUACGUCUUUCGAGUAGUAUCUUAUCGCGCGGAUUUGAUCAGCUUGAGCUCGUCUACAUUAGCUCGGCGAUGUGGACAGGCAGGUCCGAUGCCCCCCCGCGAAUCAACUCGUGGCUUCGCGCCUCCGGCUCGAUGCUCCAGGGGGAUGACAGACGAGGACGGAGUGCAGCAUGCACUCGGGUAAGAGGAGGAAAGAAGCGCGAGGUAGGCAACGCGUAGGCAGGCAGGCAGGCAGGCGUGAAAGUCCAACGGAUAACCCAGGCAACAAACUCUUAACACGCAUGCCUGACGCCCGUCGACGCCGCCGCGGUCGUCGUCGUCAUCGUGGUCGUCGCCGCAGCCGCCGCCGUCGCCGACGUCCGCCUUCAUAUCGAUGAGUCGGCCGCGACACGGUGCCAGCCAGUGGCCCCACGACCGUCGGGAAUAAUCCCCUCCGCGUCGAGGAUGCGCAGGGGAGGCGGUGGCGGCGGAGGUGGUGGAAAACAACGACGACGCGAAGGGAAAAUCCGUGGAGGCGCGGCCGAGGCGCGCCCGCUCACCACGGCGUCAUUCCGGGGGACGGCGGGUGUCUGGAUGACCUGGACCUACCACGUGUCUCUCGCUCUGACGUCGCGCCCGACGUGCAUCCGCAACGCGAUCACCUGUCCCGACCUCUCGCCGGUCUGCGGCGUGAUCCGCGCGAAUAAUUAAAGCCGCUGUCGCGACAGGAGGAGGAAGCGUUGUGCUCACGGUGACUCGGGCAGCAACGCGGUGACGAUAACGUCGACGACGGUAUCGUCGUCUUCGGAAGCGGACGCAGCGCGAUUCCGACGCGGAAGGACGCGGUUUCGUUGAUUCUUCCGCGGUCUGAUAACGCGAGAGGCCAGGAGAGGAGGACGGUGGCGAGAGAAGGCGCGAUCACGCGCGCGCGGAAGGCAAUCGUGAUUUAUUUCGCCGCGCGGCAAUUUCGGGGAGAGAGAGCUCGCGAGAGCGAGCAUUGCGGUCUCCGGAGGAGGGGAUGAACGGACGGCACUCGCGCCGCGAGUAAAAGAGAGGCCGCGGAAUAGAGCGAGAGUAAAGCCCGCCGCUUGCGUCAGUGGUGCACGCCGCGAGCGAGGAAACGAUCGCGCUCACGAGCAGCCGCGCGGCGGGUCGCUUUUAAUAAAUCGCGCGAUCGCGAACGUCGGGGAAAAAUCAUCGUCAUCGUCGUCGUAGUCGUCGUCGUCGUCGUCGUCUUGUAAAACGCGAAAGCAAGCAGUUCCCCGGAUUUCUGGCUCUGGACGAACGCCUGUUUGUUGUGUGCGUUUGUGUGCACGUACAUGUGAUCUAACGGGACGAAGUAAAAGUAGCUCCGAUUCCGAAGGCGCAAAUGUAGACGAGAGAAAGAGAGUCGCAGCUCUCGUGUGUCUCGUAGGUAGAGAGAGACGAAUAAAAUUAUUAAAAUUGAUCGUGUGACGUCGUGCCGCUUUUAUCAUUGACGUCGGAGCGUUUAUCGCUCGCUUCGAUUCGCGAGGAAGAGAUCGCUCGGCGAGUCGUUUCGCGAUUGGUUCACACAAUGCCUUCGAACAUUAUUGCGAUUAAGCGAGACUCGUCGUCCUCAAGGUUCGAUCGCGAUUCGCAACGCGGAGAGACACGGUCGGCGGUGGAAGUUGACGAGAUGAAGAAGAGAGAUUUCACGGUUCUUGAAACUUUAUUUGCUCCGUGAUACAUAGAGGACGAGAUAUGCACUUUAAAUUAAAUUUCAGCACAGCAUAACGAAACAAAGAGAGAGGGAGAGAGAGAGAGAGAGAGAGAAAGAGAGAGAGAAAGUCCUUGUCUUCCUCUCUCGGAUUUAAGUUUGCCACGACAGACACGUGGUGAAAUUGUUGAAGAAAACUUCUGACCGCUUGCGGCGACGAGGAAUUCGCCGAGGUGAAGAAGAGGUUUCGCGCCCAGAAGAGACGACAGUCUGAAAUUUACUCUACAAUACAUACAGUGGAAUAAUCCGCAGCUGGAAAGACAAAAAAGAAAUCGGCGGCGAUAAGCAUCGUCGGUACUAUCUAAUCGCAGAAUUGCGAUCAUCCGCGAUUUUAAUCGACAUGGCGCCGAAUUACAGGUUUAGUUUCAUAAAUCUGUCGAUGUCGACCGAUGACACGAGGAUGACUCUGUACGCGUGAGGAGACGACGGAUUGUCACUCGGCCAAUUCGACUCGCGAGUCGAAUUUCCCGCCUCUUUUAGUCGCCCGAAUUGAAGGACAACACGAUGAUGUAACGCGUCGGAAGUAUAACGAAGUCUCUCGCAAAGCGGAGAACAACGUUCGUCGAUCGUCUGACCAUUUGCGUCGACCGGAAGCGGAGACCGAUGAUUACAUCAAUGCCGUCGCGAUAAUCGCUGAUUUCGUUGCGGAUUUUUCAACCGCGGCCUUCUAACUCGACGCAAUCGUGAGGGAGAAGAUUAGGAAAGAGGAAAGAGAAAAACGAGGAGGCGUUUUUUUUUUUUAGUUUGAGAGAAAAAGAGACACCAGGUUCUCGGCGACUUGCGAGAGGCAACCGGCCGGACGGAGCUCCUCGAUCGAUUGGCUUCGAGGGUUUAAGAUUCGAAAAAGUCGAUAUUCGGAUUACGUCCCUAGAUUACGCGGCGGGAGAUACGAGUGCGAUACAAGCGGAGGGCACGCGACGUCCACGACGGGCGUGCGAUAAUCCCGCGCGAACUCGCGACUAGUCAUCGAUCGACCGCCAGAGACGCCGCGCGCCGCGACGCCCUCUCCUCGCCUUGCUCUCGGACGCCGACAGGCUAGUCUCCCCACCUGUCCCGCGUCCUGUUCCCGGUGUCGUGUCAGACAUUUACGUAUCACGUCGGAAACACACACGCCUGACGCGCUCUCUCGUCCCUUUCUUGCUCUCUAUCUCCCCCUUCCCCUCUCUCCCCUGCCCGUUUCUUUCUCUCUUCUCCCGUUUCUAUCAAUCUUUCUCAGGAUCAUCCCUCUCCCUCUCCGCGGAAUCCAUUCUCCUCGUCGGAGUCGUAAUCCGCGGGCGGUCCUGUUGCCAAACAGGCGGGCGUGGGUUCGCGUUUCUCCUGCGCGCCGAACGGUGCACCGAGCUUGGUGGCUUUGACAUCGCCACACCGGCACACACACAUACACUUGGUGUUGUCGUCGAUGCCGUAGGUGGGAAUCAGUACGUCGGCGUCUACCGCGGCGCGCAGACCUCGAGGAUGUGUCGCGGCGGCGUCGCGCUCCAACGUGCGCGGAAAAAGACCAGCGACUGAACGUCGUGGCGUCGUGGUGAACCGCGAGAGUUUCUCUAUAUCCGAAACGUCUAUCCGAGAAUUUUGUUGGAGUGCUGCCCAAUCCGCCCGACUGAUCACUCACCCUUCUCGCGAUGGUGACGAUCAGCAGUGGUAGCCCCGAGGCGCUCAAGUGAUCUCUCGCGUGACGUUAACCCCUCGUCCGAGCGCGAUCGGACGAUUUAACCCUUCGGGAUAGUGAAAGAAGAAAGAAAAACCGCGUGCGGAGUGAACACGACGGCGAAGUUCGACGUCUCGUUCUGACACGCGGGAUUAGCUGGGACAGACGUCGUCGAAGAUACUUGGGUCACGCGAGGAACAAGGCUGUCUCUCUUUCUCGUCGCAGACGCGCGACGGGGAUUAUCGGUCUACGAGGGCGUCGGAGAGAAGUCGAGGCAGAAAAACAGAUAGCGCGUAAACUCCUCCAUCCGGUCGCGUUGGCGACACGUACGUCGUCGUUCGUGCGCGUGCCCUGAUGUCGAUACGGCCGGAACGCGAAGAUACAAACUACGACGAGGCCAACACCUCGCUAUUACGUAGACGAUUCGUUCGUAUCUUUGCCGAUCUAUAUUAACUUUUUCGAAGAGCCUCGCAAAUCGCACGAUGUUCUGCUUCCAAAGUCCCUUCACGCGAUCCUCGCGCAGCGUCGUGUCGCUGUCGACGGGCAAGAGCAAGUCCUCGCUGGUCAACGCGAUCCUGUCGCCCGGCGGCAGGACGUCCAACGCGAGCGAUCAUCAUCAUCAUCAUCAUCAUCAUCAUCAUCAUCACCGACGCGGCUCCGAGCCGACCAGCGAGGGCUCCAACUCGUCCAUCAGGUACAUCGACCAGGAGGCCUCGAUGUCCGACGGUAGCAGCACGGACACGCUACCGGGUAUCCGUGCCGAUUACCUCGAUCCCGAGCCCCUGUCGCCCGGACCGGACGCUCUGACCUCGCCGAGCGGCGUAACGGUUGUUCUGAAAGGCGCCAACGAGCAACAGAUUCUGUUGCAGAACGAGAGCCAUCGGAGCGCCGCGCCUUCCUUGCCGUCGCCGACGAAGAAGUCGAACAACAAUAACAAUAACAACAACAAUAAUAAUAACAACGGCGGUAGCAGUUGGCGCCGGAAGCUCAUGUUGCGUCUUCGCUCCAGCGACUCCUCGAACAACGGUGAGACGACGACGCGCUCCUCCUCCUCGACGUCACCCUCGCCCGCGAGCGAAUCUACAGCGGAGUCCUCGUCCUCGUCGAGGAAUCCUCGUACGGACGAGGGGCAACGGCGUAGCGGUAACGCCACGGCGACGACCGUCUCGUCGUCGCCGUCGGUGCAGAUCGACGUGGCCGGAGACCCCAAGGUGGUCGCUGCCUCUGUCGGCGACAUCCCGUCUCUGGCGAAUGGCUUCAGCGAGCCCGAGGAGAACGACGACGAGGAGGACGAAGAGGAGGCCGGCUGUCCGGAGACCGAGACGGAGGAGGGCUCGUCUCUACCGUCCAGCCCCGCGGCCGCGUCCACCGUCGGCCUGACCUCCUCCACGGCGCCCUACUACGACUUCCUGUCGGUGAACGGUGGCGCGAUGCGGCAGGAGACCACCAGCACCAGCUCGCCGCAGCUGUCGUCCGGCGCGAGCCUGCGUUCCAGCGUGGAGUCACCGCCCGCCGACACCUGCAGCUCCUACGGCGAGGACAGCAGCCCGGGGAUGGACUCGCUGAAGCCCGAGGGUCUGGACGCGGGUGCCGGGUGCCUGCCGGCCGCGAGGUCCUGCCCGAAUCUCGAGCGGCAGAGCGCCGGCUGCUCGUCCACCAGCGGCUCGUCGAGCCCGAGCCCGAGCCCAUCGGGCCCGGCCGGGCCCCGGUUCAAGCCCCUCGAGGAGGGCGACAUACAGGUGUGCUACCUGAAUCACACCCGCACCCUCGUCAAGAAGAUCCUGUCCAGCAAAUUCCUCAGACGCUGGGAGACGCAUCAUCUCUAUCUCAACGACGCCUGUCUGUCCUCGAAGACGCUCACGGGUUUCCUUCAGCAACCUGUUCCGUACAACAGUAUGUCGGAGGUUCGGAAGUACGUUGUCGCUAGGUGGGACCCUGCGUAUAAAAACUGCCUCAGCAUUGUCCUGCCGGACGGUUCGCUCCUUCUGCAAGCCAGCAAUCCUUACACGAGGGACCAGUGGUACCAUUCGAUAUUAUGGAAGAAAAGCAUCUUCAAGUACCAACACCUCGUGUCGAUGAGCACACGGGAGGAGGUGAUACUGCGGGAAUUGCGCGCCAUGGUGGACUUCGCCCUGUGGACGCCGCUCCAAGAUGAGAGGGUAGCGGGCGCCCCGUUGGAGGCGGUCGCCAAGUUGCUGGACGAGCCCGGCAGCAGCUCGACGGAGCAGCAGCAGCAGCAGCAGCAGCCGCUCGACUCGGACGAGAAAGCCGAGGUGGUCUUUCGCGAUCGCAGAAGCUGGGCGGAGGCCGUGCUCGCCGUGGUGGCCCCGCUUCUGGAAAAAGCAGCGCCGCCGGCGGCGCUCGCGAGAGCGCUCGCCAGACUGGCGCAACAGCAUCCGCGAUCGCAGCUGGUCCCGAUGCUCGGCCCGGCUAUCACGAGAUGCCUGAAGCACACUGUUGACUUUGGCAAGUCGCCGGACAUGAGAAAGCUGCUGCAGGUGUUCGUUGCCGCAUUGUACGAGAACAACGACGGCGAGCAGGCGAUUAGGGAUUACAUCUCGUCGGUUCACGGGCCGGGUAGCGAUUGCCCGCACCCGAGGGUACUCCCGAAUCUCGUGUCCAUUUGCGUCGCGGCCAUAUUCCACAGGUUCGAGAUGUCGAGCCGCGCGUUGUCGAACGAGGACAAGCCGUUGUCAUUGCCGCCGUUACAGUGCUACCUACUCGUCCUGAAUAUUGCGUCGGAGUACGCCGACUGGCGUCCGGGUCUUGGGGCACUGUUGCAGCCCGUUCCGUUCCCGGAGGAGGCUUUGGCUGUGAGGGAGGUGCAGGAGUCCGUGCUGAUGUGCGUAAUGCAACGGCUGGCGAAGGACCCGAGGUGCACGGUGCAUCGCGUUCUGCUGCCCGUCAGAGAACCGCGUCCAGGCUGGAUUCAUAUCGCCGCGCCGUCUAGCCCAGCUUGUCCAGAUCGCGGAGAACUGUUCGGCGAGAUGCUCACGACUCUGUUGGCGUGCUGUUGCCGGCGGAAGAGGUUUAUCGCGUCUCUGCUGAACCAGGCGGGCGACGAUUGCAUUCUGCUGGCGGUGCGAGGCUGCGACGCCGCGCAGGAGGCGCUCUGCCUGAUGCUCGAGUGGCGUCUGCUGGCGAACGAGGAGGCGAGACUCCAGACAGUCAAUGCGCUCGAGUCCACGGAAUCCGGGAAAGAACGUUACGCCGCCCUCUGUCAAAGGCAGAAGAAUCUGCAGGAGCUGCAACAAAAGGGCGGACCCCGGAAGCUGACGCUACCGGUACGAGCGACCGAUGCUGAUGUCGCCCUUCUGCUGGGCGGUCGUGCCCUCGGUAAUCUCGAAUGCCUCAGUCUGGCCUUCACCUCCGUGACGUCCGCGUGCGCGGAACAACUAAUAAAGUUGCCGGCGUUGAGAUACCUGAACCUGUGGGCUACACAGUUCGGCGACACCGGCCUACAGAUGAUAAGCGAGCAUCUACAGAAGCUGCAGGUGCUGAAUCUCUGCGAGACGCCUGUGUCCGACAAAGGCAUCUCCACGUUGGCCUCAUUAACCAGCCUAAGAAAGUUGAACCUGAACAGCACGAAGCUGUCGGCCCAGACGUUCGAAUCAUUGAAGAAGCGACUGCCGGCCCUGCAGGAAUUCGACGUUCGAUACACGGAGGCCUGGUGACCCGAAGUCACGUCCAGCACCUCGCCCAUCGGCGCCAACGAUCGCCGUGACGUAAAAGCGAAGAAGCAACGCUGAGGUGGCUGGUCGUUCGGAAGAAAAUUCAAGAGACGUCACGAAGCGUGACGUUCGUAUUCCCAGUAUAUUCAAUCUGAAUCGAAUAUUAUUGGGCGCGGUGAAUUCGUUCGUUUAGCUACGAUUUGCUACGCGAUGCUUGCGAUCAGCGUAACGAUCGCUGAAAAUUACGGACCUUUGUAAAGGUGAAGCUUUUCAGAGAGAAGGAAACGAAGUCGUCUGCGUCGAGCACCGUGUGGAAUGAGGAAAAAGUCUUUUAUGCGGAUUUUUACGCAACUAUGAUGACGUAAAGACACCUAGCUUCUUCCGAUUCAUCGAUCGUCGGUUUAUUCUUUCCAAAGGGCGAUAAAUAUGCGCGAUAGAUUGACGGUAUCAAUAUAUCCGGGUGUCCAUUAAACGUAUCUUCCAUUUUCAACUGAUACUGUUCACACGAGGCGCACCGAGGCUUUCUUGCACGAAAACUUGUGUCAGCUAGAUGGCUCGACAGCAGAUCCAAUGAUUUACUUUUAAAAUGUCGUCCUCUUUCGCGCCGACAACGGAAAACCAUACUUUUUAAGAACAUUCCAGGAACAUCCGCAAACGCAGACGUCGGCUUUCAGGGAAGACGGCAUUCGUUUGAAUAAAUAUCGACGAGCGACGACGAGACGUCUCUUGGGCAUUAGCAUAGAAUUCGUUUGAGAAAUACGCGAGGUAGCACGUGUAACGAUCGAAGAGUCGCGCGAUCGUUAGAGCCGAGGAACGCAAGUCGUUUUGCAUGGGGAUGACGAAGGGCACAUUUGCAUAAGACGCGAUAUUUGCAAUAAUGCGUCCCCGCCUCGGUGAUUCUGAUCGAGAACGGCCGUUAACAAUCACGCUUAAUGAUUAUUUUUAUGCGAAGGCCGGUUUUGUCGAGCGUCAAUGCAUCAACAAUGGCUUCAGCGAGUCUUUUCUCCUAUCUAUUUCUAGUUCUUAGACGAGACAAGUUGUUUUCACAUUUAUUUCUGCGCCGUUGAAAGUGCGUUAGGACGCACCUUCCAUGUCCCAUCCAAUCUCUCGUGUCUUAUACACACAUGUAUAAUUUAAUAGCAGUGUUAUUUUGGGCGGAGAUUAUAAAUAUCGCCGUUCGAUUCUUUUUGCGUUCGAGCUCAUCAUUCUCGCCGGUAAAGUUUUUUGACCUACCAAAGCGGCGUCGCGAGAAGACUUUCUGCUAAUGAAAGUGCGAUGCUAGUAAAAAGAAAUAAAAGAAAGUUAUUUUCGGCGAACAGUUCCGCAUAAUGAGAGUCCCUUUUCCGUCUGCAACCUGGUCUCUCAUAGUUUUACAAACAAGAAAAAAUUGUAAUUCGAUAGAUCUUGAUCAAAAGAGUUCAGGCUAACGGUUAAUCGGCGAAGAACCAGCGUGAGAGAUGAUAAUUGACGACGAUCUUCCGCGAUUCCCGAAAACGCGAAAUAAAGACUGUUCCCAACCGUGGGUCAGCGCGUUGCUGGACCGCAGCCGCCAAUAGAUCCCUCUGCGCGAAGUGUCCUCGUCGUUCGGGGGACACCACCGAUUUCGCUCCUUUUUCCGUUUGAGGCGUGCCCAACUGCCUUAAUCAGCGAGUUCUGAGCGACCACUGCCACAACACGUCGCGCGCGCCGAGCGCGACUUUACUCUUUUAGCAAAAUGAAGGAAUGAAGCUGAACGUGGGAGUUCCGCGUUCUCUCUCGCGUGCAGACGAACCUUCGGGAGUGACGCGGACACGGACACGUGCAUUUCGUUCCCUAGUGUAAAUAGAUAGAUAUUUAAGAAUCGUCUCCCUCUGCCGUUUCUCCUUCGAUUAACAUAUAUAUAUAUAUAUAUAUAUAUAUAUAUAUAUAUACAUAUAUAUAUUAGAUAGAUUUUAAUAAUUUAUUCUCUAGCUAGAGAGAAAUCUUCUCGUAUUUAUAUUACGAUAAUAUUACAUGUAUGUCGCACGAUCCAACUCGUACUAGCGUAAACACGCGUUUAGAGGGAAUAGUCGAUACCUCGAGUUUAGAGCGCCGGCAAGAGAGAGGAGAGAGUUAGAAAGUGAGAGAAAGGAGAGGGUGUGCCUCUCAAAGGGUGGCAGAAUUUGGCUGUCACGAUCGACGGUUUUGAAAAAGAAAACAAAAAAAAAUCUCGUCUCGGUUAUUGUAAAUGCCGCAAGGGAACAAGCAUUGUAAGAAGACUGUUUAUUGUCAAUUUCAAUAAGGAUCAUUAACUUAGGAAGCCACGAAUUAUAAUAAUUACUCGAGUUAAUUCCUCAGCGUCACGCACAUCUGUGAGUGAAGCAAAUAAAAAGUUCGAAUUUAAUACCUCACAGCAUCCGUUCCGGUCAUGCCUUCCGUUGUCUCUCACGUUUCAGGGCGAGAUCCGCGCGGUCUUGGUUUUCGCGCGGUUCGCCAAAAGCUGGAAAAAAAGUUUCUCUUUAAGUUUUAGCCUUACAUCGUUUUCUCCCUCGCAUGUAAUUCUAGCCGUUUGCCGUUUCGUCGGUGAAAAUCUGUAAAACAUACUCUGUUAGACGUGUUACGAGAACGAUCGGAUGAUUCAGCGUUAAAUUAUUAAUAAUCGUAUCUUUCUUUGACAUUUUCGUACGAAUAAACUGUUCAAUCGAAAAA